GCUAUCCGAUGUAUGCAGUGGCUUAUUUACCAACUACAUUAACAAGAGCUAAAGACGAUUCCUGGUUAAUACCUCACCUAUCCCUUCCGCUCAGCUGAUUUAUGGCCUCCGAAAGCACAGGUUUUAGCAGUCCCCUCUCUCAGUCCGAAUCUACAAACUCUUCUCGUGGAUCUGACUCCAUUUCGCCAACCAGACGGCGAUCGUACACGCUCGCUGAUCCCGCCGUCAAAUCCACAUCAUGCUAUACCAACAGGCGUUAUCGUAAUAACGCGGCUGUACAGCGUUUCCGUAAUCGAAGCAAAAACAAAGCGCAGGAUAUUGAGGAGGAAAUUGCGCGAUACAAUUAUCUCACAAAGCUGUUUAAGCAAGAGCAGACUCGGAUGGAGGCAGUUAGGCAGGCUAUGGAAACUCUGAUUCGACUGCAUGUCCGCGGCGAAGACGUGACUGCGGAUACUUACAGCUUGAUCAACAGUGAAGUGAUUGCCCGUAAUGCUUUUCGAGACAGCAUUUCUGACAAGUUGAGCGACGAUGAAUCACUCGUCACGAAUUGACCCAUUGGAGACCAGGUUGGACUGGCUGUUGGAUUGGGCUGGACUUUGGUGUGCUGCUGCAGAUCGUUGUCCUUUCGCGACUUACGUUACUCUGCGCUUGCAUACAACUUUAUCCUUUCAAUUGGGCAUUCCGUUGUGUUC